CAUGGGGACCAACGGGUUAGAGAAUCAGGCGCAGCCGUCCACUGAAAUGUCCCGGGCGGAGCAGCCGGCUGCAGAGUCUCAGAUGGAGCCGAGAGAUGCUCCCCUGGACCCGGAUGGCAGCAAGGAUGGCCAGCCGGUGGGCAGCGAGUGUAAAAUCGCGAAGGAAUAUAGUGCCGUGCAGCUGAUCGAGGGUGAGUCCAAGCCUCCCCUCUCCGCCUCUCCUGAUGCUGAAGCUGGGUUGCAGCUGGAGAUGCACGGCCAGGGACCCGGAUUUGUCCCGCCAGAAGGGGGCUGGGGCUGGCUUGUGGUUUUUGCUGCAACCUGGUGCAACGGGUCCAUAUUCGGGAUUCAGAACUCUUUUGGCAUCCUUCAUAUGAUGCUGGUGCAGGAGCACACAGACCCGAAGGACCCAACGUCCCAGUUCAAAGUGGCCUGGGUCGGGGCCCUAGCCAUGGGCAUGAUCUUCUUCUGCUCUCCUGUGGUCAGCAUGUUCACGGACCACUUCGGCUGCAGGAAGACUGCUGUCAGUGGGGCGGCAGUGGCUUUUAUAGGGCUUCUCUCUACAUCCUUUGCAAACUCACUUAUCCUUCGCUACUUCACAUACGGGAUAUUGUUCGGCUGUGGCUCCUCCUUUGCCUUCCAGCCGUCGUUAGUAAUCCUCGGGCACUACUUCCGGCAGCGACUGGGCCUGGCCAACGGUGUAGUGACGGCCGGGGCCAGCCUCUUCUCCAUGGGACUGCCAGUUUUUCUGAACAAAUUGGUUGGACCUCUGGGUCUAAGCAGAACCUUCCAGAUUCUCAGCCUCUUCAUGCUGGUCCAGGCCCUGCUGGCAUUAACGUUCAAACCUUUGCUUCCCACCGGAGGAGGCAUGGGCCCUCCAGGGAUGGGCCCUGGCCCUGCUGAAACCCAGACCCAGGCUACGGCUCAUGGGAUGAGCAAGUGGAGCAAGGCCAUUGCUGGGGUUAGGAAGUAUUUUAACCUGCGUGUUUUUCACAUUGUGACGUACCGAGUGUGGGCUUUUGGAGUAGCAACAGCUGUGCUGGGAUACUUUGUGCCAUAUGUCCAUCUGAUAAACUUUGUGAAUGAGAAGUUCAAGGAGAAUAACAAGGAAUGGGUGCUCCUGGUUUGCAUCGGAGCUUCGUCGGGGGUGGGACGACUUGGCUUUGGGAAGAUCGGAGACCUCAUUCCUGGUCUAGGGAAGGUCUACAUGCAGGUGGCGUCCUUCAUGGCCCUGGGCCUGAUGUCCAUGAUGAUUCCCCAGUGCUCGGUGUUCGAGGCGCUGGUGGUGGUGUGUGUGUUCCUGGGGCUUUGUGAUGGUUGCUUUCUCACCAUGAUGGCUCCCAUUGCCUUUGAGCUGGUUGGUCCCAUGCAGGCCUCACAAGCCAUAGGUUACCUUCUGGGCCUUAUGUCCCUCCCGAUGACGGCAGGUCCACCAAUUGCAGGUCUUCUUCGUGGCCACUUUGGGAACUACACGGUAGCUUUCUCCCUGGCUGGGGUACCUCCUGUGGUUGGGGGCGUGGUGCUGUUCUUUGUGCCCCUGAUCCACCGCAGGAUCCAGCAAAACCAAGAAUUGUCCGAGGAGAUGUCCACGACUGCCCACAUGUUGCCCACCACCUCACCUACUGGGGAACCCAAAAGCUGCUCCAAUGGAGACAUCCUGCCUGGUUAUACAGAUGUAGAGACAGACAUCUGACUCACAUCUUAUAAAGGGAUUCAGCCCACCAGCACUUUUGUUAUCCUUAGAACGCCCGUCUCUUUCACAGAAGUCUCACCUUUGGACUUCAUUCUGGUUUACCUUUAAUCUCUCACCCUUCCAUAUCUCUGCUGGUUGUUUGCUUUUUUUUAUGCAAAGAAAAGUUCAGAUGUGCGUGCCUGCUAAAACUGGCACAGAUGAAUCAGAAGAUGGAGUUUCAGUGCUGGAUGAGCACAACAAAUACUCAACUAGAAGCAUUUCCUUAUCAGAAUAGUAACACAAACCUCCAAAAGGGAAGGGAAAAGACAGAGAGAUCAGCAGUAAGAGCGAUUAUCUUGCAAUCAUACUUUUUCUGACAAUAAAGCAGUUUUUUAUUAGUUUUUCUAAAUAAAUGCAUUCUUAAGAUGAAAAGAUAGACAAGAGAAACAUGUAAAAUUUCUUUUUGUAGUACCUCAUACAUAUGGGUUAAGAACACAUGCAUUUUAGUUAGUUUACGCUGCCUGAACAGUCUUAGUUUCCUGGAUUUGUAGUUCUUAUGCUCUCAGCUUUAUUCUGCGGCUUCAGCUUUCUGAGAAACUUCCUCUCAUAGUUGAGCGACUAAACAUAAUCGCAUCAAAUUAGCGGCAGACAGGUUUUAGGUCCUGACCUUUAUGGUAUGGAAACAGGUGGAGGGCAGAACAGCUUUGAUGAUGUCUGUCAGGAGACAGAUGUGUGGAUCAGGCAGCUGUUAGUAUGUUACAGUUUUAUUUUUGUUCUCUCUUUUCAGUUUUGAUCACUUCCUUCUCACUGCAUGGGUACAAGUUUAGUUUUACAGUCAAAGCUAAAAUGUCUAACCAUCUGCUGCCAGAGUUGAUGAAAUUGUAGAUGUAAGAUCUUCUCUUGUUAAUAUCUAAUCAUCAAAGCUUCAGUUGUCUUAGCCUUAUUAAGUUUAACAGGAUGCUCAACAAAUCUGCAUUCACUAUACUUCUUAUAGCUUUAAAAAUACUAAACCGUAACUUUCUUUUGCUUUAAAACUAGCUGUUUUAGUGUAAAAAAUUGGAAUUAUGCAGUUGUUACUGAAUGCUUCUUUCUAUUAUCGUUUUUUUUGUUGUUGUUGUUGUUUUAAAUACAUGCUAGGCAUUAGAAGAAAGUUGCCGUUAAAAUAUGUGUAUAAUUGUGCAUGCACUCGCAUCAGUAAAGUACCAAGAGACAGCUGAACCACUAUUAAAUAGCAUUGAUAGGUGAAUUCGUUUUCAUGUCCAAAAUAGAGAACUAUGGAAAAAAAAUAAGGUGUAAAUAAAAACAAACGGGAGCCAAACUUUGCCAAAGGGAGAUGAUGUUACUUCUGGAAUGCCAAACUGGCUUCAGUGCACCAAACAAUAUUCACCCAAGAAAACUGAACAGUAGCCUGAGAGACUUAACAAACCGUCACCCCGUGAAGCAAUACAGACAGGCCUACAACAGGACGCAAAAGUUGUGAUCCAACCUGUUCUUGUGCUGGAAUGCAAAAGUGGCCUGACUGCAGUGUUAUUUAUUAGUUUUAAAGUUAAGGAUGGUUAGAGUAUGCAUGCUGAUGAUAAUGGCCCAACAGCCCAAGCUCAGGCCAUUUCUUAGAUAAUUGAAUUAAUUUGCUGCUUUUCAUUUGAUUCACUUCAGGGCACAGAUUAAUGUCCAGGCAGUAAUGAAACACAACAUCACACCCCUGGUGACCCUAACAGGGCAGUUAGUAGUUAUUUGUUUCACUGGAACCACCUACUUCCUCAUGCUUAGAUUAUAAGUUCCCCUCUACAGUAAACUUUAAGGGAAAGCAAAGCUGCAGCACUCCGCAUUAAGAUCGGAUACAAACAAGAACAGCGAAAAGGUGACCUGGGAAAAGGGAAUGUUGUGGUCUUCAGCUAUCUUUCCCUGUUUGCUUUGACUUUUUGUUUAUUAAGUCUGCUUCUUUCCAACAGUUUGGAGCCAGAAAGUUACACAGACCUCAUCUAUGAGAGGUUCCCUUCAGAUUAUGCCAGUACACCUAUACCUGAGUAAUGAGCAUCAUAUUUCUGUUUUGUGUGAGCCACAGAUCUGUCAUUGAUCAUGCUGUGUGCUUCCGUUCCCCCAUUUGUUGGUUUUGUUCUUUCUCCUGCUUCCAUUAACUUAAAUGUCCUGUGCAGAAUAUUUUAACUGAAAUAAAUACAGAAGUAUGUUAAUAUUUAGCUCCUGCACUGAAGCGAAAUAUUCUAUUGUUGGAAUUGUAAAUUAAACAUUGCACUUAGAGAUCCCUGUAAGUCCUCUGUCACUAAAGUCAAACAUUGUGGGAAAUGUUUGGGGCAUAAAAGUUGUCCAGAGGGCCGAAUCCUCUGGUAGCCAUAAAGUAGGAAGUCUAGGUUUGAGUAAAACCAGCUGCCAUUUAAUAGAAAUGUACAGAUUUUGUUUAUAUUAUUGUUUGCAUAUUUUUAUACUGCCUCUGUCGUCACUUUGUUAGGCAGCAGCUCACACCUCUGUCUUUUUGUAAAAUCAUUUCCUUUUUUGCAAAAGACUAAAACCAAGCCGUGAUGUGAGCAUUAACCUGUAUUUGAAAAGAAAUCUGCCUUAAAUUGACUCUGUCUCUAGCAGGCAGCCAAGCUGAACACAAGUGACCAAGGUUUGCUGUUAGCUUUGAAGAAUCCCUGUUUGUCCCUGCUCAAUGUAAUUUUUUUAGAAAUGAUUUUUUACUUUAAGCUGUCAGUAUUGACACCUAGAUUCUGGUCAGAACCAGUUAGGUGCCCCUUUUUUGUCAACUACUGUAGAUUUAAAAGACAAAACUGACAGGUUUUUAUAUAAUUUGUAAUGUUUUUGAAUUAUCAUUUGUAGCUGUUUGCAUUGAUACUGGAUGAAGAUUUGUUGUGCUGGAUUAUUUGUGAAGAUUAGACAUAAUAUGAAAUGGUAAAGGAGGUGAAUGGAUCUCGAAUGACAGAAAGUAUUUGGAUGGUUGAAUGGUGUGAGUUUGGCCAGAGUUCUAGUUUGCCAACGUUUUUUGUCUACGCAGGAUCACUGGUCCUCUUACUGUGACCGCUAAAUUCUGAAUAUGUCAGACCCCUGAUGAUACAGUACUUUAAAAAUGUCUUCAUGCUCUUGCACUUUUUCACAUUACAACCACAAACAUCAGUGUUAUAUUGUGACUUUGUGUGAUAGACCAACACAAGGUUGCACAUAAAUAGACCACAGCUACAAGUCUUUUGGGGUUUGUCUCUCCCAGCUUGGCACCCCUAGAACCUGAAAUGAUUGACCAUUCGUCAUUGCAAAAUUGCUCAAGCUUCGUCAGAUUGAAUUGAAUGUCUGUGAACACUUUUCUUGGCAUUGAUUCUCAAUUGGAUUUAGGUCAGGCCUUUGACUAGGCCAUUCUAACACAUGACCAUGCUAAGAUCUAGAUCUCCAUUGUAGCUCUGGCUGGAUGGUGAGAGUUGUUGUUCAGGUGGAAGGUGAACCUCCGUCCAGUCUCAAAUCUUUUCCAGCCUCUAACAGUUUUUUUCUCCAGGAUUGCCCUGUGUUGCCAACUGAAGAUAAGCAUCCCACAGCGUGUUGGUGCCACCACCAUGUUACAAAUGGGCCAAGGUGUGUGCAGGGUGAUGUGUCUUGUUAGUUUUCAACUACACAGCAUUUUACAUGUAGACCAAAAAGUUGAAAUUGUUCCCGGAUUAGAGCAUUCCUUCUUUAGCCAGUUUUGGAUAGCCAUGUUAUGGUUAGCUUCAGAGUUGUCAGAGUAUGACUUCUGUUUGACUUCAGAGUCAUAUUAUUUCAAGACGCAGGUAGCCUCUGUUUACUAAUUAGGUGACUUCUGAAAGCUUUAUUUAGUGGUAUUAGAAUAAAAGGGCCUUAAAACAAAUGCACGUUACACUUUUCACAUUUUUUAUUUGUGUAAAACAAUGAAAGCCAUGUAUGAUUUUUCACUUUUACAUAAAAUCCCACUGCUGGUCUAUUACAUAAAAUCCCAAUGAGUUACGUAGGAAUUUGUGGUUGAAACGAGACAAAAUGUAAAACAGUUCAAGGAGCCUGAAUACUUUUGCAAAGGACCUUAAAUGUUUAUUCAGCAUUUAAAGCUAUGUCCUGCAGUAGAUUCUCACGGUAAGGCCUCUUUUGUUUCACUUUAAUGAGCUACUAACACUGCUUGUUAUUAUAAUAGUGUUGAAAAUGUGUUUAUCUAAUUAAAAACUGCCAGGUUUCCUUUCUUUUCCAUGGAGAAAACUUUGUAUUUCUCUCCCAUGUUGAUCUCUUUAUCUUCUACUGACACAUUGUGCAGGUCAAAGCCUCAGAGAGGCACAUGGGAGGUGUAAUUCAUACUCCGCCUGACGUGUGACGAGGUAAAACUACCCUAGGGCGCAAUCCGUAGCUGUUACAAUGCUCUGGAACUCAUGCUAAACAGGUCGGGUGGACUUAAAAGUGUUUACGCGGCAUGUCUAAUCAGUUAAGCUGUUCUUAUUUAACCGGUUAGAAGGGAGAAGCUGGCCUCUUGAGUUCCAACUCAAUAUUGGACCCACUGAAGUGAGUCCAGACUUUUUGGAACACCCCGGUCUUGUUCUGCUGUGCAGCGUGCCUUUCCUCUGGAUUCCUCUGAGCUCAGUCUGCUUAACGUUUAAACUGGUGUGCUUUACCUCACUUCGAAACCACACAAACAAUAUGUGAAACUGAUAGCUAAAGGACCAAUUGUUAGAAAUCUGAGCCAUGAUACGCAACAUGUCUGCACCUCAAAGACUGCCGGACUUCCAGCAAGAAUACACUGUUGUGGUUUCGCCAGUAAAAAUCACAACUUGGGAAUACCAUGUGAACCUUUCUUUGUCUUUCAUAUGUACCGCACACUCUAUAAUGUUUUUUUUAUAUACAUGUGGCCAUUAUUUCAACUGUGGUUGUUAUGUUUCCACAGUUACUGUUUGGUGUUGCUUCCUACAUUAAUGUUCAGCCCAGGUCUUCCCACAGCCUUAAAUGUUGAAAUAUGUGUAGACUUUCAGAGCAGAGGUGUGUUAAGCUUUCUUUCUCUGUAAACUCCAGGUGGUUCCUGAAACUAAACCUGCCUCUCUGCACUUCUUUAAGCUGCAAGCUUCUGUCCCACACAAGCUUUACCAAUUCAUCCUUUUGUUUAAUCCAAUUUACAAUAUGAUCUAACAUGGCCAGUGACUAUAUUAGAUUGGGAAUUUAAGUCAUGCUGCUACGAAAAAUUGUCUUUGUGUUUUCCUUUUGAAUCCUCAUCAAUGGAAUCAUGUUUUUUCUAUUAAACUUUCAAUAAAGUGUAAAAUGGUA